UUAGAAAAUUUAUCCUUUUUCUGAAAAAAACAAAUUUGCAAACGAAUUGCUUUAUUUCCAUCGAUUUUGCGAAGAUUGGGUGUCUGUUAUACUCAAAGUAUUGAGUAUAGAAGAAAAUUCAACUUUUGGUCAGACCAAAUAUUUGCCAAAAUUGCAAGUUAAACGCUGUUUAGUUUAAAAGAAGACAAGAAUGUUUUUAAAAAUUUGGAAGUCAUGACUCUUCUCAUGUCGUGCAGUUGAUUUGAGAUGCAGUUCAGCAUGGCUUACCCUUUGGGCUCGGCCCUUUGUCUCUUGAUCUUGAGUUUAAAGGAGUAGAUAUCCGGCCGGCCUUUGAAAGCCAUCAAUAUUAUAUGCUGGUCACUGACUCUGUCACGGACUUGUAUUGUCAGUGUCACACUAUAGUGACUGAAAGAACUGAUGUGGAUUUCGCAGAAAGAAAAAAAACUGCAGGCAUCUUCACAAACUGUCAAACUUGAUUAUGGAGGAUGCAUCAUCGGCUGGGAAGGUUGGCCCCAUGGAACUAGCUUGGAGUGAGGCAGGGUCAGAAAAUAGCGAGCUUAGCUCGGAUGAGGAGAAUGAAACUUGUUCAGAAAAAAAUUUUCAUGGUGGUGUAUUCCCGAGAGAAUACAACAAUGUCUCUCAUUCUGACUCUGGUAACAAAAAGACUCGCCUAGGGCUGAGAGAUUGCGAUAUAUCACAAAAUGUUUGUGAUAAAAAUGGGACAGUGAUGAUGAACAGUGUAAAUCAUGGCGAAGCGUUUUAUGACGACAGUAUUUCCCGUGGGAAAGUACUGCUGGAGAAUAAUGGCUUAGGUUCCAAGUCGUUAAAAAACUGGCAAUUUGAAAAUGAAGACCAACUUCAAUACGCCCGAGAAACAGGUGGUGUUGCUGGGAAGACUUCACCCAGCAUGAAAAUGGAGAACGAUGAAAGUGUCUAUUCGGAGGUUUCAAAUCUGCAGACAAUAAAUCGGAAUGAAGCUUUAAACAAUGGUGCUAUGUCUACGUCUUCUUGUGAUGGACUCGGUUGCCGGGACGGCGUUCAAACUAUUUCUGGAACGGACGGGAAUGAGUUGGUGGAGAACGACGAGGAUGCGCCAAACGUUGGGACGGGCUUGCUGAAGAUCCAGGUUGAAGAUCCUCUGCAUGGGGACAAGGUUAAGCUAGAGGAAUUGGAAACGGAGAAUUCAGAUUCAGAAACUGAUGUGGAAGCUUCUGACACGGUGCCAUCUGAAAAUAAUGUAAAAACUGAACCAGCUCCGGCUUCCCACCGACCACCCUUCCCACUUCCGCAGUGGUUGGACCGAGAAGCUCGCAAUCACACCAACCAAAAGGCGUCUGAAGCCACGUCGUCAUCAGCCGUGGCUCCCUCUAGCAGUGCGGCUGAUUUCCUUGGAAGCGACUCCAGCCAAAUGAUACGUUUCUUGUCCGAGAAGAUAUCGAGUGCGCUAUCGGGCGUGACGGAAGAUUUCCUAAACCGAGGCCAGGCGGCCAUCACGGAGAAAAUCUCUGAUGUGUUAUUUGAUGUUUACGGCCCGAUGCAGGGUCAAUCUGGUUCCGUCGCUACUGGUGCGACAGUUUUCCCUGAUAGCAAACCUGUCACGGUCAAAAAACCCGCUGUAAAAAGACGAAAAAUGCUGACACAAGGAAAGGCUAUGUCUUCAAAGACGUCCAGUGAUAAUCUCAAAGUGGAUUCUGAGGGAGAGGCUGUGGAUUUGACAAAAGCACGUCGCAACCGUUCGGCCAAGAAAAAUUAUCACUGCCAAAAGUGUGACAAGGCAUUUAGUUUAAGUAUCCAGUUGAAAAAGCAUGUCUGUCCUUUCGUGGAUGAGGAACAGGUUGCCACGGCAACGGAAGCAUCGGAAAAAGAUGACAGUGACGGUAGCGAUGAGGAGACGGAAAUUGAUGAAGUGGAGGCAGAACCGUCGCCCAAAGUGGGGAAGAAGACGAAAGUUGAGAAAAGGAUUUGGAAGUGCGACACAUGUGGGGAUGUGUUCCCCUGGAAGAAGGGGUUAACGAAGCACAUGCGGGUGCAUAGGCCUUCGAAACCGCGUGCGGAGGUCGAAUCAUUUCAGUGUCAUUGCGGGAAACGGUAUGCGUCAAAGGGGAGUCUGCAGUCGCACAAACAUUUGCACCAUGGCGAAAUGCCGUAUCGAUGUCCGUACUGUUGCGUCGGGUUUGUGAAAAUACAGCACAUGCGGGCGCACGAAAAAACCGCGCAUCCGGACGAGAAAAAAUACGAGUGCGAGACGUGUAAGAAACGCUUCAACGAUCGGCGCAACUUCCGUCAGCAUCAGCUGAUUCAUGGCAAACGGAAGCAGUACGUCUGCGAGCUGUGCGGGAAGGCGUACUCGCAUAUAAAGAGUCUGCGGGUCCAUCGGGCGAUUCAUACCGAGGGGAAGAAAUUCUCGUGCGAUAUUUGCGGGAAGGGUUUCGUUUAUAAGUGCUACCUGGCGAUUCACGAGCGGAUUCAUACCGGUCUGAAACCGUACGUCUGUCAGGUGUGCGGGAAAGGCUUCAAGGCAAGCGGCGCGCUUGGUAUUCACGAGCGGAUCCAUUCCGGUGACAAGCCGUACAAAUGUCCGGUUGAAUCGUGCGGGAAGGAGUUCAGUCAACAGAGCAACUUGGUGAUUCAUGAACGCACGCACACUGGCGAAAAACCGUACAAAUGCGACGUGUGUUCGAAAACGUUUGCACGCGGCGGCGAUCUUGUCAAACACAAAGACACGCACGUCGUCAACAAGCCGUUCAAAUGCGACUAUUGUCCGAAAAGUUUUUCGCGGAAUCAACUCUUGAUCGAGCAUGCGCGGUGCCACACCGGUGACAAACCGUACAUAUGUCAGGUCUGCGGGAAGGGAUUCGCGCGGUGUCAGAGUGUCGUCGAGCACGAGCGUAUUCAUUCGGGAAUUAAACCGUUUGCGUGCGAACUGUGCGGUAAGGCGUUUACAUAUAGCAGUCAUCUUACGAUUCACCGCCGCACGCAUAGCGGGGAGCGUCCCUAUAAAUGUCGAUACUGCACGCGGACGUUUACAAACAUCAGCAACCGGAUCAAACACGAACGGACGCACACCGGUGAGAAACCGUACCAGUGCAGGCAUUGUGGGAAACGUUUCAACGUCAAGGGGGAUAUGAUGCGUCAUGAGUUGACGCACGCACCAGCUGAUUACAGCAAGGUCGAGGGGCCCGCCGACUACAGUAAAAAUAUUGCCAGGCAUGAGAGUGCUCAUGUACCGCUUUAUGAGGAGAGGGGUGUGGUCGAGAGCAAUAAAGCUUUACCUAGUUAUGUUGAUAUGGGUAACACGGGGUUUAAUCCAAAUAAUUACAUGUUUCAACAACUGUAAGAUUUGUCAUAAUUAUCAGUGUCCACUGGGUUGGUUCAAUGCCUGGCAGGAUUUCUGCCAGAGGGGGGAUGGGGGGGAUUCAUCCCCCCUGAAAUAUUUCAAGGGGGGGAUAUCCCCCCUUAAUUUUGAGCACUGAAGUUUGUUUUACUGUCAAAUGAGUAAUUUUCAUGAUUUGAUAUGUAAAAUAAGAGCAUUUGGGAGCCAAUUGUAGCGGUUUUAGGGCCAAAAAACGUCUCAGGAGGGGUCAUAUACCCUUUUUAAGA